AUCAUUUAAUCAUAUUUUAUUUAUAAACGUUUGUUAUUGUAAGAAAUUGAAUUACAUAAAUUCCUUAUCUAUGAAUGAUUAAUAAGCUUAUUUAAUUUACAUGUAGUAUGCAUUUAUUGAGUAUAAAUAGCAGUUGGAAAUAUCAUGCAACUAGUCGAGGAAAUUGUUCGCAUUUCCCCCAAGUUUGUUCAAGGGACAAGACAGUGUCCUAAAGAUCCGAAAAAAAUGAAGACCAUCUUAUUUCUCACGCUAUGCAUCGCCUCUUAUAUGAUGGUUCGCUGCGACGAUACCGACGAUAUAACUCUGUGCUUGGAACAAGAGAAUCUCACCUUCGAUGAUGUUAAUUCCUUAAUCGAGGAUAAAAGUGAAAGAACGAUAAGAAAGCGAGGGUGCAUCGAGGCCUGCCUUUUGCAUAAGUUGGCUCUGAUGAACGGCAACAUCUUCGAUAUAGAGAAAUUCGAUGUAUAUUUAAACGAAAUAAGGGAGAAUCAAAAGGAGAAUAUUCGAAAUGUUAUACGCCAAUGUAUCAAUAAUGCUGAGAGCCAGGAUAAGUGCUGGGCCGCUCAAAAAUUCACCACUUGCCUUGUCGAUUACGUGAAAUUCUACAUCAAACAAUUUAUAUUCUCGUUUAACGACUCAAACUCAAUCUCGAACUCAACGAGCGAAGAAGAAGAGCUCAACUCUCCUUUAUAAUAACUAUUACAAGUUUAAAUA